CUUUAACUGUAAAAUGCCCGGAGUUCGAGGCCGACCGCGACUGCCGGCGAAUGCGAGCCUCCCGGCAAAGAAGCGGGUAGGGCUUCAAAGGAAGCGCCUCACGUACGAAGAAAAGCUGCGAGUGAUCGAGUACCACGCAGAGCACGGCAUGCCCAGCACUAUGGACCACUUCUAUCCGAACGUAGUCGGGUUGGCGCGCGAAUCCGCACGCAAGAACGUCCACACGUGGAUUGCCACACGAGCGUCCAUCGCAGCCCGUGCGUCGGAUCCCAUUCAAGCAUCCCAUCGAUGUUCCCGUCCCCAUGGUGUGAGUAGCACUCUUGGUACCGAAAGCGAAGACCGCCUCGUGCGGUGGAUCUGCGAGCUGCGGUCGAACGGGGUGCCUGUGACCCACAGCAUGCUCCGCGACAAGGCGCUGGAAGAGGCCGAGUCCAAGGGUCUCAGCACCGACGUGUUCAAGGCGGGCGAGUCGUGGAUAGGAAGCUUCAAGCGGCGCCACGGCAUGGACCGCUACGACCACCGCCGCCGCAGCGAGCAUGCCGAGAACGACGAGCACGAUGCAUAAUUAGUACUACUUUGUAUGAAUGUUAUGUUGUGGGCAAAGCAUUCCGGAUAAGCCGGAGGAGUCGGGCGGUCUGCCUGCGACGGCUGUGAAGGAGCGGCGGGAAGGCCGACAC